GAAUAUAUUCUAAUGAAUCAAAAUCAAAGAUUUGGACAAAAUGUUCAAAUAUUUAUAGAUGAAACUAAUUCAUUUAUAAAUUCUUUAAUAACAUAUUUGAAUAAUAAUCUUUCUUUUAUUGAAAAAGAUUAUGAUGAAUUUAUAAUAGAUGCGCAUGAUUAUUUAACAAAUGUUAUUAAUAAACUUCAGCAUAGAUUUCCUAACCGGCAAUUAUUUGCUUCUAUAAAAAUAUUAAAUCCUCGUAAAUGGCCAAAUGAUUCUCAAAAAUUAUUAUUGUUUGGAGAUAAUGAUUUAGAAAUUUUAUUAAAGUAUUUUGAGAAACCAAAUUUUCAUAAUAAUAUUCAAUUUUCUGCACUUUUUGAUAUUAAAAAAUGUAGGGAAGUGUGA